AUGUCUCUUCUGCUCAGCACAAUUGUAUCCAGCGCUCUUAAUGUGUUUCAGGAUACAUUCAUGUACUGGGCGCUGACUUUGGCCACAGCGGGCGUAUUGUACUUCGUCAGCACCACGCUCGCACCACAGCCGACCAGCCAGAACAGCAGCAUCCCGCACAUUCCCGCGUACAAGACCCUGCUCUGGAUGACAAAAGGUCCAAUAGGCCGCUUGCCGGUGUUGCAAAGCCUGCAGAUGCCAUACAUGAAACAGUGCGGUAUAUUCAAGACGCGCAUGUUUGGCGCGUGGGAGUACAACAUCGGCAGGGCAGACUACGCGCGAUUGGUGUUUAUGCACUCGGACAUUUAUGAAAAGGUCAAUGUGCGCCAGAUCUUGCCGCACACGCUCGGCCCGCGCGUCACAGGAAAGUCGCUGACCUUUGAAAACGGCAGCGCCUACCGCGGCCACCGCGCUGUUGUCAGCCCGGCAUUCCGCCGCUCUUGGCCGACAAUUAUGUUUGAAAACCCGCUGGUUGAGCUGAUGGACGUCAUCGAGCGCGAGUCUAACAGACCAAUCGACGUGUUGAGUGUGUUUCGCAGGGCCACAUUAGACGUUCUUGGGCAUGUCAUCAUGGGCUACAAUUUCGAGGCGCUGCGCAAUCCUGGAAACAAGCAGAAUGCAAUGUACGACUCUCUUCUCGGCGCAAUGCUGCAUCCAGUGUACAACAUGUUUCCGUGGCUGGACCUUUUUCCAAUUGGGGAGCGCGUUAGGCAGUGGGGGUAUUUGCACAUAUUCCACUCGUUCAUCGACGGCAUUAUCAACGAGAGGCUGGCUGAAAUGGAAAAGAUGCAAUCGCUCACUGAGGACGAGCGCAACAACGCCAACCUGCUGACACUGCUGCUCGAAUCAUACAUUAUGUCCAGGUCGGGCAAAGUUUUAGACGAGCGCGGCAAGCCAGUAACGCCACUGACCAAAGAACAGCUGCGCGAUAAUAUAGCCCUGUUUUACGUUGCUGGCUACGAUACCACAGCAAACUCGCUUUCCUACGUGAUGAUGGAGCUGGCACGCUAUCCAGAGAUUCAAAAUAAGGCGCGCGACAUUGUCAUCGGCGUAAUGGGCGACGACAUGCACGCUUACCCCGAUGACGAGCAGAUCAAAAAGCUUGAAUACCUUGACCUUAUUGUCAAAGAAACCCUAAGACGAAACUCGAUAUUGUCCAACAUCAGGCGCCGUCUCUCUGAGCCCGUGCAACUAGGCGCACACACUCUCCCCAAGGGUGCCGUCGUGUCCGUCGACACGUGGGCCAUUCAUUAUGAUCCCGAUAAUUUUCCGGAGCCUGAAAAGUUUAUUCCCGAGCGGUUUGCAGACGACAAGAGUGGAAAUGCCAAGGGUGUUUCUCCUUUUGCAUUUGCGUCGUUCAGCAAUGGGUCUCGCCAGUGCAUGGGCAUGAGGUUCUCACUGAUUGAGCAGCGCGUUGCUAUUGCCCUCUUGCUGCUGCGCUUUGAGUGGGUGCUGCCUGCAGACAGUUCGUUCUGGCACAGCACGCCCUCAGCGCCCGCCGGACUCAUAUCGCCAGUUGGACUGAUGCCCGAGGAUACGGAGGUAGAUGCUAAGGGCAAAAUCAUGAGACAGAUUCUCGUCAGCUCACAGAUGGAUCUGAUAUGGGCAAAUUCAGGGGAUCAAAUUAGGCGCCACAAUUGA